UGACAAAUAACCUCGCAAGGUUUGAAACGCAUCUAGACCAACAUCAAGUUCAAGAGCUCCAGCAGCAAUGGCGUACUUCACCGCCUGCCGCAGUUUAGCUUCACUUCUCACCCGACCUUUCUCUUAUUCUUAUUCUUCUUCACUCUUUUCUCGUUCUCGCUUCGCUCUGGCACUCCUGGUCAACUACCAGCCCCAACUCAUCCCCGACUGGGUCAAAAUCCCUACCCGUUCCAAGACCUCUGGGUCUGGCUACUCGCCCCUUAACGACCCGUCUCCCAACUGGAGCAACCGCCCCCCAAAGGAGACGAUCCUCCUCGAUGGCUGCGACUACGAACACUGGCUCAUCGUCAUGGAGUUCCCCACUGACCCCAAACCCUCCGAGGAGGAAAUGAUUAACUCCUAUGUCAAAACCCUAGCCAAUGUUGUAGGAAGUGAGGAGGAGGCGAAGAAUAAGAUAUACUCGGUUUGUACGACUACGUAUACAGGAUUUGGCGCUUUGAUUUCCGAAGAACUUUCAUAUAAAGUUAAAGGAUUACCUGGUGUACUUUGGGUGUUGCCGGAUUCAUAUCUUGAUGUACCCAACAAAGAUUAUGGAGGGGAUUUGUUUAUCGAUGGGAAGGUCAUCCGUAGGCCGCAAUAUACUGAUAUGAGACAACAAGCAACUAGGAGCAGGCCUCGUCCACGCUAUGAUAGACGCCGAGAAACAAUGCAGGUUCAGAGGAGAGAGACAAUGCAAAGACAGAACAUGCCCCAAGGUCAGGGAGUGCCUGCACAGCCACCAACAUCAAUGGAUAGCCAGAAUUCGUCUUAGGGUGGAAGGAGGGACUGCUAAUGAACCAAGAAGAAUUUAACAGGAAAAUGGCUGAGAAUCAUAUAGAACUUAGAAAAUUGGAUUAAGGUUUGCCGUAGGAUUUCUUAUUUAAUGCUAAGCACUGGGUUCCUUUUUGUUCUAUGAGAAGCGUAUACUUAUUAUCCAGCUUUUUUAUGAGGACAAGAAAUGUGAAUAAAUUUUCUUGCGACUUAUACAA